AUGGCAAUCAUUACACUCACCGUCAAGUCACAAAAGGGAAACCAGUUCCCAGUCCAGGUGGACACCCAGGACAGAUUGUACCAGUUGUAUCACACUGUGUCUGAGGUUAGCCACGAGAGUGUCUACAACUUCAACCUGGCAUUUGACGGUUCGUUGCUCCCAUUGGACAACGAGAAUGAGACCAUUGACACUUGCGGUAUUGAGCAAGGAGAUGUUAUCUCUUUGAUGCAUUAA